CACUCUGUUCACGUCUCUCGAAACCACUCCUCCAACAUCUCGCGAUAAGAUACACCCGAAUCAACCGAUGCUGCCAGAGUAAUCGUGAUGAAUCCGCAAAUUGAUAGCUCUGGCAUCCUGUAUCACUCUAUCAAUGACGAUACAUGCCUACCUGAAACGAGGGACUGGUUACCUAUGGCGCGGAGUGACUGUAGCCAUGCAAACACUUUUCGAUCAGUCAAUUUUGAUUCGGCCACAUUUGGCGUUGCAACAGAAGAGAACAGUGCUCUCGACGUGCCAACAACGCUUACCAACCUAAUCCGCCUUGUCACACAAUCAUUGACGCCGCAUGUAUUUCUUCUUGAGAGUGCAAGUUUUGCAACUGCUAGACCGUGCAUACCCAAUUAUCUCGACUUGGCGCGCUUUUACCCCCUGGCUCGCACCGCGGCUCUUUUGGUAAUGCAGAGGGUUCGGGGCAUGUCAGAAGAAUUAGGAACCAAUGAUACAGUCGAAGAGAGCUCUAAUGACAUCAUGAACGGUGCAGAGGAUACGAGAGCUGAGACAGCGUCUAGGGCGUCCGACUAUGAGACAGCAUAUUCGUUUCCCAUGUCUAUGAAGUCUUCCCACUCACCACCACCUGUCCGAUACAGUUGGGAGCCCAUCGAUAAUGUCGACUCAAACUCUCAAUACUCCCUUUUUGCCCAAUAUCAUGAAUUCCCUGACUCAAUUCCUAUUGCUUGCAUAGCAGAUCAGUCCGUCAUGAUUUCGCUACUGAGGAGUGCUGUUUAUCAGCGUCUCGCAUGGGGUGUAACAGAGCCCGUCAUAGGGCUCGGAUUUUCACCCGGGUCACCCAUGGUGCAGGUCUUCCUUGCGUGGCCUAGCACAACCUGGAAAGAUGGCUUGCCUUUAGUGGCAAUCGCCGGUGAUCUGUCGGAGGAUCGCAUUCAAGGAACUGGCUGGUUUAAUGUUACCUCUCCCAUGGCUACGUAUGAACUUGUCCAAUAUCUCUCUCGAGUAAUCGAGUUCGCAAAUCAUAUGAGCUGUCCAGGACAAACACGUUGGCUGGAAUGGCGCUUCGAUUUUGCUAACUACGAUAAGAUGGAAGAUAUAACCAUGGACAAAAUGGCUUCUGUUCGAGCUUGGGCAGAGGAGGCCAUGCCUGCGGAUGCUGGCGAAAGACGUCUACUGUCGACAACGUCCUCCCCGCCCGCAGAAUCUUCUAUCAACAUACCUACUAGAGAACUUCACAAUGUCGGCCCACCUCCAAGAUGGACAUGUUUAGAUCUUGCAUCUGGAGUUGCUGAUAUUAAGCAUUCCUACAAAACUGUUCACCGAUGGCUUUGGAACCGCAUCACGUCUUUACGUUCCGCGUUACCUCUUAUUGAUAUGGGUACCAUUCCGUCGGAAUACGCGUCUCUCACCCGUUUUGUUUGGAACAAGAGCUGGGACCAGUCUUUAGGCGUCAGCGACAUUGACGGCAAACUCAGUCAACUGAGUAGUGAGCUACUACAGCAAAAGUCUGCCUACCU